AUGAAGGCCACUUUGAUCCUCGCCAUUGCCGCUGCUGUCUCUGCUCAGGAGCUCUGCAAGCAGUAUGACACCUACACCAAAGGUAUCUACACCGUCAACAACAACAUGUGGGGCAUGGACUCGGGCAGCGGCUCGCAGUGCACCACCGUCGACAGUAUCUCUGACAGCGGUGUUUCCUGGCACACCAAAUGGUCCUGGUCAGGCGCUGAAAACUCAGUCAAGACUUACCCAAACUCGGGCGUGAAGCUUGACGUCAAGCAUGUUAGCGAGCUUAAGAGCAUCAAAACCUCCGUCGAAUGGAAAUACGACAACUCCAACAUCAACGCCGAUGUUGCCUAUGAUCUCUUCACUGCGGCUGACAAGAACCAUGUUACUUACAGCGGUGACUAUGAGCUGAUGAUUUGGCUCGCCCGGUAUGGAAGCAUCAGCCCUAUCGGCACCAAGCUCAAGACGGUCACCGUCGAUGGACAUAGCUGGGAGCUCUGGAACGGCAUGAACGGCAAUAUGAAUGUCUACAGCUUCGUUGCUGCAAGCCCCGUCACCUCCUUCAGCACGGACAUCAAGAAAUUCUUCGACCUUCUGGUCAAGAGCUACUCCUAUCCUGCUAGCUCUCAAUACCUGAUCAACUUGCAAUUUGGUACUGAGCCCUUCACUGGCGAUGCCACUCUCACUGUCUCCAACUGGAAGGCCAAUGCGGCUUAA